UUAUUAUUUUUUGUAAACCACGACUUGCAUGAAUCUCAAAAGUAGCAUUCCGAUUUUUCCAUAUCAUAAGAGAGAAACAUCAAAAAAUUAUGGAAAAUUCUCUCCGGAAAAAAAAAAAAACUCUAGAAGAGUUACUGAGGUCACGCCGGUUUUGGCUGCGUAGAGUGACUCGUAACAUCUUUUAGGACAGGCUGAACAUGAAUGAGCAUGUCUCCACUACUUAAGAGUACUCACACUUACCAUCAUAAUUCAUAAUUUUAACUCUACAAAUAUAUAGUUUUCGGCGAUUGAUUGAAACUAAUAGAUGUCGAUCAUUUGCUGCAUUUGAACGUAUGAUCAUAAAGGGUCCAUUUAGAGAUGACGAAUGUAUGAUGAUUAGAGUGAUGUAAAAGGUCAAAAAACUACAUGAACUCCAUUUCUUAACCUUAACUUUCUUACCAUUGGUGCGAACCAAUCCGACGUGGACCAAUCAAAUUGUUUCUUCAAAGCUGAAAAAAAUUACACACUUUUGCAUAUUUUCUCUAAAAAAAUUAACUUUUAAAAAGAGACAAUAGUAGUAAAAGAGAGCAUAAAAUUCAACAAACCCUUCCGAAGAAAGUGACUUUUCUUAGUUCUAUUAAUACUCUCUCUCUCUGCACAUCUGUUACUUCAUUUUCUCUUCCUUUUUUUUCAUUAGAUUCCAUUAACCUUCAAAAGUUUUUCUAUACAUUCUCUCUGCUCAAAACUUUUUUCUUUCAAUACUUGUAAAGAAAAAACAGAGCUUUCUUCUUCUCUUUCAUUGUUACCUUUGCACAGCAUUGCAGCUGUGUAUAACUAAAUGGGGAGACAUUCUUGCUGUUACAAACAAAAACUGAGGAAAGGGCUUUGGUCUCCUGAAGAAGAUGAGAAGCUUCUUACUCACAUCACCAAUCACGGCCAUGGCUGCUGGAGCUCUGUCCCUAAACUCGCUGGUUUGCAGAGAUGUGGGAAGAGUUGUAGACUAAGAUGGAUCAAUUACUUGAGACCUGAUUUAAAGAGAGGAGCUUUUUCUCCAGAGGAGGAGAAUCUCAUCGUCGAGCUUCAUGCCGUCCUCGGAAACAGAUGGUCACAGAUUGCGUCAAGGCUUCCGGGUAGAACCGACAACGAGAUCAAGAAUCUAUGGAACUCAAGCAUCAAGAAGAAACUGAAACAAAGAGGCAUUGACCCAAACACACACAAACCCAUCUCCGAACUUGAGAGCUUUAGCGACAAAGACAAACCAACAACAAGCAACAACAAAAUAAGCGGUAACGACCACAAGUCUCCUAGUUCCUCUUCUGCGACUAACCAAGACUUCUUCAUAGAAAGGCCAUCUGAAUUCUCCGACUACUUCGGAUUUCAGAAGCUUAACUUCAACUCCAAUCUCGGACUCUCUGUGACAACUGAUACUUCACUCUGCUCAAUGAUUCCACCGCAGUUUAGCUCCGGAAACAUGGUUGGUUCUGUCUUUCCGACACCAGUAUGCGUAAAGCCCUCAAUUAAUCUUCCUCCUGACAACAACAGUUCAAGUCCGGUCUCUGGAGGAGAUCAUGUGAAAUUGGCUGCACCAAACUGGGAAUUUCAGACAAACAACAACACCUCAAAUUUCUUCGACAAUGGCGGAUUCUCAUGGUCAAUCCCAAAUUCUUCUACUUCUUCUUCACAAGUCAAACCAAAUCAUAACUUGGAAGAAAUAAAAUGGUCAGAGUAUUUGAACACACCGUUCUUCAUAGGGAACACUGUACAGAGUCAAAGCUCUCAACCAAUCUACAUUAAAUCAGAGACAGAUUACUUAGCCAAUGUUUCAAACAUGACAGAUCCUUGGACCCAAACCCAAAACGAAAACUUGGGCACAGCUGAUACUAGUGACGUGUUCGCCAAGGAUCUUCAGAGAAUGGCCGUCUCAUUUGGUCAGUCCCUUUAGUUUUUUUUUUUUUUUUCUUAAUUUUAACAGAUGUAGAGAACAUAAAGAUAUACAAAGACAUACAAUACGUACAGUGGAUUCAAGUGUUCUGUAUAUUGCAUGGGUCAAAAAAAAGGGAGCUGUCUUUAUUUUUAUGUUUAUUUUUGAAGUGUGUUUUAUACGUCAGAUAUUCUUCUUGCAAAAACAUUCAGUAUCAUACUACUAUAUACUUUUGUUUUGUUAUAAA